AUGGAGGUCCCGUGUAUACGUCUGACUUUUUGUGUUUUACAGCAUGCAGCGGAUAAACUUAGACAUCUGGUUCAUGUGGGAAACACAAGUGUCAAGGAUAAAAUAUCCAUAGAAUUCUACGGAGAUGGCAGACAUGGAACAGUACGCUUUGACAAAGAAGCAUUCGCAGCAAAGUUGGUGGACAUACCAACAAUAUUAGAGUCCUAUAAAACAGUUGAUAAGAAAACAGUCUUCAAAACUGCAGAUAUAUGUCAGAUGCUUGUUUGUUCAAAUGAAGGAGAUGACAGUGGAAGUGGUCGAGAGGAAAAGCCUUCUCCGCACAAGAACACCGGCAAAGUCGACAAGAAGUUUCUAUGGAACCAUGGAUUAACACCACCACUAAAGAAUGUCAGAAAACGGAGGUUUAGGAAAACAGCCAAGAAAAAGUACAUUGAAUCACCAGAUAUUGAGAAAGAAGUUAAAAGACUAUUGAGAAUGGACAGUACCGCUAUCAAAGUCCGAUGGGAAGUAUUGCCUGAUAAAGAUGGCAAAGAAGACACAAAAAGUGAAUUACAAAUAGAUGGCAAUGACUGGAAACAGAUCUUUGAAGAGGUUAGUAGCUCAGAGAAUGAGGAAGAGGAAGAAGACGUCAACAUCAUGGAGGUCGGGGAUUCCCAGCAAGGCAUGCAGGAGUACUUGGUAUUCUAA